ACUCCUUGCUGGAGGAGACGCCAGGCCACCCCUGACAACAGAGCCGCCCCUAUCUGCCGUUAGCAGCGAGUCGGCAGCCGUUAAAACAGCACAGCCCUUUGUUUUAGUUGUAGCUGACCUCUCAGCCUCUCAUUUAAUUGCCCGUGUUGCGCGUCUUUCACCAUGGCGGCGAACGCGAAACGAAAACAGGAGGAGAAACAUCUGAAGAUGCUGAGAGAAAUGACGAGUUUGCCUCCCAAUAGAAAGUGCUUUGACUGUGAUCAGCGCGGCCCAACCUAUGCCAACAUGACUGUGGGCUCUUUCGUGUGUACCUCCUGCUCUGGCAUCUUACGAGGACUGAACCCACCGCAUAGAGUUAAGUCUAUCUCUAUGACGACAUUCACGCAACAGGAAAUCGAGUUCCUACAGAAACAUGGCAAUGAGGUAUGUAAACAGAUCUGGCUCGGUCUUUAUGACGACAGAACCUCAUCAGUACCAGACUUCAGAGAACCACAGAAAGUCAAGGAGUUCCUUCAAGAGAAAUAUGAGAAGAAGAGAUGGUAUGUGCCUCCUGAACAAGCCAAGGUUGUGGCAUCGGUCCAUGCUUCCAUCUCUGGUUCCUCGAACAGCAGCACCAACAGCACCCCAGAGGUCAGACCGCUUAAAUCACUGCUGGGGGAUUCGGCCCCCAGUCUGCACCUGACUAAGAAUACCCCACCAAAUCAGUCUCCAGUAGUGAGCCGCGGGCAACAUCAUCAACAGCAGUUCAAUGAAAAAAAGUUUGACCUCCUAAGUGACUUGGGUGGAGACAUCUUUGCAGCCCCAGCCAAUGUGAACUCAGCCCCUGGCUCCAGCUUUGCUAACUUUGCACAUUUUAACAGCCACACAACACCUGCAGCAGCACAGAAUGUCAGCGCAGGGGCAGGAUUUGCAAAUUUUGAUGCGUUUGGGAACACCCCUGCACCACAGGCGUCAUUUCAGCCUCCAAAUACAGCGUUCACUGUGCUCUCAUCCAGCCGCAGUGUGGGUGAGUUUACCGCUGCUCUGCCUCUCCAGAGUUCACACAGUAGCGCCUCAGGGGGACUAGCAAAUGCCAAUUUUGCAAAUUUUGACAACUUCCCCAAAUCGUGUAGUGCUGACUUUGGAUCCUUCAGUUCCUCCUCCCAGAGUAACUCCACAAGAGCUGACAAAGACGUUGUACAGAGUACUAACGUUCCCGUCGAUAGAUACGCAGCCCUGGCUGACCUGGAUAACAUGUUUAGCUCUGCCAAAACAGAGGAAGGGGGUGGUAUUGCUGGAGGUGUGAGCUCUGCUGCUGCUGCAGCCUCAGCAGGAGUUGCUGGUUUGCCUCAGAAGCAUUUAGCAGGCAUUGCUGGGGGCGACCGUUAUGCUGCUCUUGCAGAGCUCGAUACUGUCUUCAGCCCAUCAGCACCUGCCACCAGUGUUUACAACACCUCUAGCACUUCCCAAGGUAAUGUCUUUGGCUCAGAGACAGUUGCCUCAGCACAAGCACAGCAAGUGAUACCCGGUAUGCCUCAGGGUUUUGGAGCAGCACCAUCAACUAACCCGUUUGUAGCUGCUGGUGUCGCCCCUGCAGCAGCUCCCACCAACCCAUUCCAAUGCAACGGCAGAGCGGCGAGUGUGGCAGCUGCAGCAGGCUUGAUGAGUGCCCUUCAUUGGCAGGGUUUUACCCCCACCUUUGCAGCACCUUUUGGAACAGGCUCCAUGAGUAUGCCAUCAGGAUUUGGAAAUGCCGCCGCCUACAAUCUCCCUACCAGCUUCAGUGGAACAUUCCAGCAACCCUUUCCUGGCCAGCCUCCCUUCACUCAGCCUCCAGCGUUUCCUCAACAACACAAUGGUGGGGGAUUCCCAGCCUUUGGCCAGACGAAGCCUGUUGUGACUCCGUUUGGACAGCCGGUGGCAGCCCCUUUGGUCCCCAACAACCCUUUUCUGGGUGGCGCUCCGCCCGCUCAGUAUCCUGCAGGAGGCUCGUCAACCAACCCCUUCUUAUAGCAAUCCAUCUCUUCUGCUGCACAACAGAGUCAACAACUGGCGCGCUUGCACCUAUUGCACUGUUUUGUUUCACCAGUAGCUUUAAAAACACAAUGUUUGUAAGAAUCUGUAUUUUCUAUCGCAGUUUGUCACAAAUUAAAAAAUGUGCAAGACA